AUGGCGCACACCACAACGAAACUCACUGGUGCCGACAUAGAGUAUAAACCCUUCAGAAACUCUCUUCCUUCAGGUGAUGGUGCGGCUGGCCUCGAAAUCGUUACCGAAGUCGGCUUGGUUUUUAUUACUACGGGACUCGCACGGGCUUACGGUAAUCUGACGUUACGACCCGGUUUGGCAGUGCUCCAACUCGAGAAGGAAAUGGCGAAGCACGAAGCGAAACCUAUUCGAAUUGAAGGCGAGAAGUUCGACGAAGAAGAAUUCAUUCCACUCGGAUUGUCGUCUUAUUACAGUAAGGGGCGUAUCUCAUUGUACGUCGUCAAUACUCAUCCAAAUCGGCAAUGUGUAGAGAUUUUUACCUAUCACAAAGAGAAGAAUGUUCUAUUCCAUAGAAAAUCCGUCUGCGAUCCGAGAUUCUCCAGCAUUUCUGAUAUCGUGGUGGUUGGAGCGGAUCGUUUCUUCAUCACUAAUCUGGCAUAUAUGUCGAGAGGCCACCUGCAGACUGCUGAACUGGCGAUGCAGGAAUCACGACUUUCGUCGCCAUCGGCGCUUGCCAUUGACCGGCGACGGCAGUUGAUCUUUGUUGGUUCCAUUUUUAACGAGAAUAUUCCGCGUAUACAAGUUGGAAAAAGACUUCUCGCUCACGUUCCGGACCCAGAUCUCGUUGCUCUCCUCCCCGGCAGGAAUGCAUGCGACAUUUGGAUAGCUCUACAUCCGGUACUCCAUCAGGUCUUCCUUGUCACGCUCAAUCCAUCUGAUGAGAGAAUUCGCAGCCCAAGUCAGGUGUUGAGGGUCAGAAUGCAGGAAGACGGCGUAAGUUGGGUGAUUACGGAGCCUUACGCUAACGACGGCGCUACCAUCUCAGCAAGCAACGCUGUGGUGUACGAGAAGGACACUUGGUGA